CUCUGGUCUGGUCCGGUCGUCUGGUCCUUGUUCGUUCUUGUUGCUGUUAGCUGUUAAUGCUGGCUGGCUGUCGUUCCGGAAAGUUCAAGUCAAGAAUUUAGAACCCGAACUAAUGGCUUACUACGAGCGUUCAGAAACCUACUAUGACUACGGAGAUUAUCAAAGUGAUUCUAGACGUACCUCAAACAGUUUCAGCGAAGAAAUGAAUGGAGCAAAGCGCAAGAAAACCAACUGGAGAAGAGGAAGACGUGGAAAGAACAGUCAAGUUGGUGAAAGCAGAAGGAUAACUCCAAGAAACGUUUCAAUAGACACUCCACUAUUUCAAGAGCCUAUAAGGCCUCUGCCGCCACCUCCUCCACCAAGAAAUCCUUCACCAAGAAAUCUCCCGCCUCUAAAUGACGGGCGAAAGAGAGGCAGAGAGAGAAGUAACUCGUUCCAAAGAGCCAACCCUCAACCGUAUUUUGAUAUGAGAGAUAUGCCAGAGUUUGUUGAACCUGAACAUGUUGCACCCUCUUGGGAAUGGGAAAACUAUGUUCGAGGUUGUAGGGACUGGCAGGACAAACACAAGUUAGCCUAUUACCAGUCUCGAUGUACUGCUUUGGAAUUUGAAAAUCAGAUGCUGUUUGAUCAGAUAAAUCAACUCAUCAAAGAAAACAUAGUGUUUGCUGCUGAACGUGGGAAGACACCAACAAUGGAAGUGCCAGAGAUCCCUGGGUUGAAAUCACCAAAAGCUAAAGCUUCAAACAGCAGACAACAAGGUAAACGCAGUCAGCCCACAUCUGAUCUCGGUCUGAACUCUGACAUUGAGUUCAAUCUCACGGAAGACGUGGUGGAGUUUUUAGAAACAAGUAUCCGCCACAAACUUACUUUAAAAAAAGAAAAAAUAGAGAAGAAAAAUACUACAGCUGAUUCUCGUGCGAAAGAAGGUGAGAAGAAGGUCGAAGCUUCACCAAAGAAGCCUGCACUCAAACGGAAAGAAGAGCUCGAGCAGUUCUACGGGAAAAACUCAAAUUUGAUUCAAGGUCUAGAAACUUCACUACAGCUCAGCUUUAACCGAAACUGUGAUACUUUCAAGCCUAUGCUCUAUCCUGCUGUCCCUUUAAACCAAGAAACGGUAGUUGCCUAGAGAAAAUAUUUUCGAAACCUUAAAUUAUUCAGUCAUGUUUGAACUAGGUGACAGUAUUUCAUAUAAGUAAGGUUAUUUUGUUUUCUCGUAUUUGUAAAUUUGCAGUCUAAUUUUUUUUAAGUUAAUAAACUACUUCAAAGAU